ACACUUAAAUAAUAUACUUAAAAAUAAAAACCAGUAAGACAGUCAAAAGGAAGCAAAAGAGAAAAAAAAAAAAAAAGAAAAAAAAGAAAGAGAAAAAACCUCUCCUCAGCUUUCGUCCCAAUCGUUCUUUGCUUAUCUCAACAAUCAAACAAAAAUCAACUCCAAAAGAGAAAAAAAAAUCAAAUCAAAUCGCUUGAUCUUUUCGUGUUCUAGAUUUCUAGUCAUGGCGGAUCGCGCGUCCUACAGUUUGGCUCCUCGAUUAGAUAUUGAACAGAUUUUACUAGAAGCGCAGCAUAGAUGGUUAAGACCUGCUGAAAUUUGUGAAAUUCUUCGUAAUUAUCAGAAGUUCCAUAUUACGUCAGAGCCUCCUACCAGACCUCCAAGUGGUUCACUGUUUCUUUUUGAUCGAAAGGUGUUAAGAUACUUUAGGAAGGAUGGACAUAAUUGGAGGAAGAAAAAAGAUGGAAAGACUGUGAAGGAAGCUCAUGAGAAGCUGAAGGUUGGAAGCGUUGAUAUGUUGCAUUGCUACUAUGCCCAUGGAGAAGAGAAUGAGAACUUUCAGAGGCGCAGCUAUUGGAUGCUUGAACCGGAUUUGAUGCACAUAGUUUUUGUGCACUACUUGGAAGUUAAGGGUAGUAGAACAAUUGGAGGCAUAAGAGAGAAUAGUGAUUUAUCAAACUCCCAAACUAGCAGUCUUUUGACUUCUAGCAAUUCUGUUACUCAUACAAAAGAACCUUCUGCCCAUGCGAAUUCAGCAUGUUCAAUAACCAGUUUAACUUCCUUAUAUGAAGAUGCUGAUUCUGAGGAUAGUCGCCAAGCAAGUUCUAGAGUCCGUACAUCGCCCCAAAUAGGAAAUGCUACUGUGAUGGACAAGUUGGAUCCUGGCUUUUUAAAUCAUUAUUCUCCACAUCCCAUUCAAGGCCAGUCAUCAAUUCCUGGAGUAACUGAAGUUUCACAUCUUCAUGGAGAUAGACCUGGGGAUACUAAUUACGGCUCUUGCAUUAGUGAAGCUCAAAGAACACUUGGUUUGACAUCGUGGGAACAGGGCUUGGAGCCAUAUGUGCCUGUAUAUGCUGAUGCAUUUUCUAAUACUUCACUGACUUCCACUCAACCUGAUACUAUUAGCAUCAGCCUGCAACAAGAAACCAUGAUGAAAGGCAAGCUAUUAGCUGUCGAGAGUGCUGGCGGGGAGUUUGGAAAUCCUUUGCCUACACAACCACAUUGGCAGAAUCCUUUGGCCGACAAUGCCUUAGAGCUGCCCAAAUGGUCCAUGGAUUCAUCUUCAAAUUUUGAUUUGCCGUUUGAUUCUAAGUUAUUUGAGCAAAGUGCUCAUGAUUUUCAAAACACUCUUGAGGAAUUUGCCGGCCAUGGUGUUUUCAACGACCAGCCUCUGCAUAAAAACCUUCAAAUGCAGAGUAUCAAUGCAGAUUCCCAUUCUGUCUGGAGAACAUAUCCUGAUAAUUAUAUGCAUUUGGAUGGAAAUGUCAACUAUGCUUUAUCUCUGAAAAAAUCAUUACUUGAUGGUGAAGAAAGCUUGAAGAAAGUUGACAGUUUUUCACGAUGGGUUACUAAAGAACUUGGAGAAGUAGAUAAUCUGCAGAUGCAAUCUUCAUCUGGUAUUGCCUGGAGCACUGUUGAGUGCGGAAGUGUAUCUGAUGAUGCUUCUUUGAGCCCUUCUCUCUCCCAUGACCAACUCUUCAGCAUAGUUGAUUUUUCACCAAAGUGGGCUUACAUAGACUUAAAAACUGAGGUGUUGAUUAUUGGAACAUAUUUGAGGAGUCAAGAGCAAGUAGCAAAAUGUAACUGGUCAUGUAUGUUUGGGGAAGUGGAGGUUCCAGCUGAGGUCAUUGCAGAUGGCAUUCUUUCUUGUUAUGCUCCACCUCACAGUGUUGGGCAAGUCCCUUUUUAUGUUACGUGUUCCAACAGGUUAGCUUGUAGUGAAGUCCGAGAAUUUGACUAUCGAGCAGGAUUCACUAAAGACAUAAACAUUUUGGAUAUCUAUGAUAUUGCUUCAAGAGAAAUGCUGAUGCGAUUCGAGAGGUUACUUUCUCUGAAAUCUUCCAAUUAUCCUAAUCAUCAUUCUGAAGGUGUUAGGGAGAAGCGAGAAUUAAUUACUAAAAUUAUAUCAAUGAGAGAGGAAGAGGAAUGCCACUGGAUUGUGGAUCCCUCAUCUGAUAAGGAUGUGUCUCAACAAAAAGAAAAGGACUGCCUCCUUCAGAAAUUGAUGAAAGAGAAGUUGUACUCAUGGCUACUUCACAAAAUAAUGGAAGAUGGUAAGGGCCCGAAUGUAUUAGAUGAGAAGGGUCAAGGUGUACUACACUUAGCUGCUGCACUUGGUUACGAUUGGGCAAUAAAACCUACUGUUACUGCUGGAGUUAGUAUAAAUUUUCGUGAUGCAAAUGGAUGGACUGCACUGCACUGGGCUGCUUUCUGUGGCAGAGAGCAAACAGUUGCUAUUCUAGUGUCCCUGGGAGCAGCGGCGGGAGCCCUUACAGACCCAACUCCAGAAUUUCCUUUGGGCAGACCUCCUGCAGACUUGGCUUCGGACAAUGGACACAAAGGAAUUUCUGGUUUUCUUGCUGAAUCUUCCUUGACUAGUUUCCUUUCUAAUCUCACAAUGAAUGAUCAAAAGGAAGCUGUACAAACAGUUUCAGACAGAAUAGCAACUCCUGUAUAUGAUAGUGAUGAGAUACUGUCAUUGAAAGACUCACUUACUGCUGUAUGCAAUGCCACACAAGCUGCCGAUCGUAUACAUCAAAUGUUCAGGAUGCAAUCCUUCCAGCGGAAACAAUUGAGUGAGUCUGGUCAUGGUGUGUCAGAUGAGCAUGCUAUUUCACUUCUAACUGCUAAGGCACGCAGGCCAUUACAUAUUGAUGGGGUGGCUCAUGCUGCUGCAACACAAAUCCAGAAAAAGUACCGUGGUUGGAAGAAAAGAAAAGAAUUCUUAUUGAUCCGGCAAAGAAUUGUCAAAAUCCAGGCCCAUGUUAGAGGACACCAGGUGAGGAAACAGUAUAGAACAAUCAUCUGGUCGGUGGGUAUUCUGGAGAAAGUUAUUCUACGGUGGAGACGUAAAGGAAGUGGUUUGCGAGGAUUUCGACGAGAUGCAAUUACCAAGGAACCUGACCCACAGUGCACGCCCUCGAAAGAGGAUGAUUAUGAUUUUCUUAAGGAAGGAAGGAAACAAACUGAGGAAAGGCUGCAAAAGGCACUUACUAGGGUUAAGUCCAUGGCUCAGAAUCCUGAAGGACGAGGUCAAUAUCGAAGGCUGCUGACCUUGGUUCAAGGGAUUCGUGAGAACAAGGCUUGUGAUAUGGUUCUGAGCAGUACAGAAGAAGCAGGUGAGGGUGAAGGAGACGGUGAUGAAGACUUUAUUGAUAUCGACUCUCUUUUAGAUGAUGAAACUUUCAUGUCGAUUGCAUUCGAAUAAGGUCCUUCGAACCUUUGCCCUAUCAAAACUGUACAGAAACCGGUACGACAGCUUUCGUUGCAGCAUUAGGAAGGGUUUUAACUUCCGUUGUGUCUGUAAAUAUAGCCAUCUAACGUACAUCGAUUGUAUGUUUGUUUUUAGGUGACAUGUGAAAUCCGUUUUUUACUUUUGUUUGUCAGGUUAAAUAGUGACUUUAAUCCCAUAUAAAUUUCUUGACUCAGAAAAGGGUUAGAGUAGUAUUUUAUUGGUUGUUUCAUGGGAGAUUUAGCGUUAAAAUCUGUUGAGAGGAAGGGGUUAUGAGUGACAUUUUAGAUAUUAAUAUGUACUUAUUGAUUCCCUUUGUGUGCUUAA